UCCGGAGAGGAGGGCAGGAUCUGUGGGGCCCUCCAGCCCCAGCACCUGGAAAGCUCUUCCAGCCUCAUGUCCCUCUGGGUCCCUCCAACUCCCAGACUUCUCUCCUCUGGUGAUCUCCCUCUUCUGGCCUCCUCCCUCUGACCCUCUAGAAUUUGAUGACCAGCAUCGAGCGAGCCCGUGGAUUCCUGGAGAGAAAACUCCCGACAUUCAGACAACAUUUGCCAUAGCCACAGUAUCCUACGCGCUGGCCCUCGCCAACAGCCCCCAGGCCAACGACCGCCUGGACAGCUUUGCCAGCCAAGACAAAACCCACUGGCCAGUGGAUGAGCAGAAGCUGGGCCCCCUGUACACUGUUGAGGCCACAGCCUAUGCGCUCAUGCAGAAGCUGGAGCUUGGCCAGCACAAUGAGACACACCCCAUCGCCAAGUGGCUACUAGAGAAGCGGGAGCUUGGAGGAGGCUUCGGGUCCACCCAGACCACGGUGGUGGCCCUUGAAGCUCUGACCCGCUUCCGCGAAGAUGUUCCCUUCGAGGGUGUCCAGGAUCUCCGUGUUCAGAUCAGUGCCCCCAAGAGAGCCUUGAAUGUGAAUUGGCAGAUUGAUGACAACAAUGCCUACCAGCAGUGGUCAGCAAAGUUCCUUGCCCAGGACGAUCUAGAGAUCAAAGCCAGUGGCAGCGGGAGAGGCACCAUCUCAAUCCUGACCACAUACCACAAGUCCCCAGUGCCCUGGGAAGACAACUGCAAGCUGUACCAACUGAAUGUGACUCUCCGCAGUGUUCCAGAAGAAAAUAAGGGAGAGGAGACUUUUCGGCUCCGGAUGGAAACAAGGUUCCAGGACGAUCGAGAGGCCACGAUGACCAUCAGGGAGGUCUCCCUGCUCACUGGCUUCUACACCAACCAGGAUGACCUGAAGCAGCUCACAAGUGAUGUGAAGAGGUACGCCUUUCAGUAUGAAACCAAGACAAGUCCCAGCGACAGCACUGUUGUCCUCUACCUGGAGAAAGUGAGGAAGGCGGGUGCCCUCCACCAGAGGUGUGUGAGCACCCUGGGGGCUGGAGAACCCAAGCUCUCCCAUGAGAAAAACACGGUGCUGGGCUUUCGGGUUCACAGGAUGCUGCAGGCCGAGUUCCUGCAGGCCGCCCUGAUCACCAUCUACGACUACUACGAGCCUUCCCGGAGUUGCAGCACUUUCUACAACCUGCCCACAGAGCAAUCUUCCCUGCAAAAGAUCUGCCACAAAGACGUCUGCAGAUGUGCAGAGGUGUACAAGACAAAGCUGGAAUCCGUGGAGGUCUCUGCCGCCAACCCUUACGUCUAUUACAACAUGCAGCUUGAAGACAUCAUUAAGGGUGGUAUCCUCCAAAGAGGAAUCCCAGUGUGGAGUCAUGCUGGAAGUCCACCCUGGGGGUCCCAGUGUGAGGGAGGGUCCAACCUCUGCAUGCACACACACUGGGUUUUCUCCAGGCACAGACCCUGCCACACCUCUCAGCAUGAAGAAAUUUGUCUCCCACACCACCUGCCACGACUCCCUGGGGCUGCAAGAACAGGAAUCGUACCUCAUCAUGGGCCAGACAUCAGACCUGUGGAGAAUCAAAUCUGGUUACAGCUACGUCCUGGGCAGGGAGACGUUCCUCAUGCUUUGGCCAGCAGACAGAGAUGCCACCAAGGAAGAGUUGCGGGACCAAGUGGAGGAAUUUUCAGAAUAUAUGCACACCCACGGCUGCGAGUCCUGAGCCUCUUCUGCUUUCAGGAAGGUGUCACCAGGCAGCUCUGGGCCACUGGGUUUAACCCCAAAUAAAGAGCACAGGAUGUCACACUCAAACCCUGGACACUUGUUGCUGUUUCAGCUUUCACCAGGGGCCCUGCACAACUUGCCCCGGCAUGGCGGGGGCCUGUCUCCUGUCUCCUCCUUUCUUCCUCCAUUCUAAUCACCCUGGGCUCCCUUGCAUCCUUCCAACACCCACCUCAGCAGGGAGAUGAUUCCCAGUGCUGGGCUUCUGCACCUACUAUUCCUCACCCGGGCGCACCCCUCCCCCAAAGUCGGCUCGGCUUGAACCAUUCCUUUGUGUGGGUUCUGUUUAAAUGUCACCUCUGGCCAGGCAUGGUGGCACACGCCUGUAAUCCCAGCACUUUGGGAGCCUGAGGUGGGUGGAUCACUUGAAGUCAGGCAUUCAAGACCAACAUGGUGAAACGCCAUCUCUACUAAAAAUACAAACAUUAGCUGGGCGUGGUGGCACACACUGUAAUCCUGGCUACUCGGGAGGCUGAGGAAAGAGAAUCGCUUGAACCUGGGAGGUGGAGAUUCCAGUGAGCCGAGAUUGUCCCACUGUACUCCAGCCUGGGCAACAGAGCAAGACUAAGUCUUAAAUGAAUAAAUAGGUAAAUAAAUAAGUGUAUGUCACCUCUUCAAAGACACUUUCUCGGGCAGAGUACAGUGGCUAACACCUGAAACCCCAGCACUUUGGGAGGCUGAGGCGGGAGCAUCAUUUGAGGACAGGAGUUCAACACCAGCCUGGGCAACACAGCAAGACCCCCGUGUCUACUAAAAAUAAAAAUAAAUUAGCCAUGCCUGGUGGUGCACGCCUGUAGUCCCAGCUACUUGGGAGGCUGAGGCAGGAAGAUCACUUGAGCCCAGGAGUUGAGACCAGCCUGGGCAACAUAGUGACACCCCAAUCUUUACUGUAUGUGUAUAUAUAUAUAUAUUUAACCAGUCGUGUUGGCAUAAGCCUGUAGUCCCAGCUCCUUGGGAGGCUGAGGCAGGAAGAUCACUUGAGCCCAGGAGUUGAGACCAGCCUGGGCAACAUAGUGACACCCCAAUCUUUACUGUAUGUGUAUAUAUAUAUAUAUAUUUAACCAGUCGUGUUGGCAUAAUCCUGUAGUCCCAGCUACUUGGGAGGCUGAGGCUGGAGGAUUGUUUGAGUCCCGCAGGUCAAGGCUGCAGUGAGUUACUAUCAUGCCACUGCACUCUAGCCUGGGUGACGAGCAAGAUCCUGUCUCUAGGAAAAAAAAAGGUAACUUCUUUCAUAACACACCUAAAAUAGACUCCCUCCUGUCACUCUCCCUCCUGUCACUCUCCCUCCCCUCACCCUGCUUUUUUUUUUUCAGGCAGAGUCUUGCUCUGUCACCCAGGCUGAAGUGAGGCUGGAGUGCGGUGGUGCGAUCUUGGCUCACUGCAACCUCCGCCUCCCCAGUUCAAGUGAUUCUCCUGCCUCGGCCUCUCAAGUAGCUGGGACUACAGGGGUACACCACCAUGCCCAGCUAAUUUUUUUUUGAGAUGGAAUCUCACUCUGUCGCCCAGGCUGGAGUGCAGUGAUGCAAUCUCGGCUCCUUGCAACCUCCACCUCCUGGGUUUAAGUGACUCUUCUCUCUCAGCCUCCUGAGUAGCUUGGAUUACAGGCACCUGCCACCACGCCCAGCUACUUUUUGUGUAUUUUUAGUAGAGAUGGGGUUUUGCCAUGUUGGCCAGGCUGGUCUCAAACUCCUGACCUCAGGUGAUCCGCCCACCUCGGCCUCCCAAAGUGCUGGGAUUACAGGCAUGAGUCACUGCACCAAGACUAGAUUCUUUAUCUGUGUUCUGGCUGUCUGUUUCCCCUCCUAGGCUGGGAGCUCCAGGAGAGCAGGGAUGCUGCCUGUCUUAGCCACAGUUAGAAUCACAGACACUCAGGGCCUAGCACAUAAUAGCUGCCCAUUUUGCUCAACGAAUGGUUGAAGAAGUAAAAGAGAGAGUGAGAAAGAAGAAAGGGAGGGAAGGAAGGAAAGAUAAAAGGAUGGAGGGAGAGAGAGGUGGGAGGAGGGAAGGAGGAAGGAAGGGAAGGAAAAAAGGAAGGA